AUGGAGCAGCAAGAAGAGGCAUCAAACUCAACAGAUCCUUACCAGGAGAAAACGGAUUGGGGGUCUAGUCUGAGAGAGGCACAAAACUCAUUAUCAUUCCUGGUUAGAGAUCCUUUUGACAAGGUAAACUCUGAGAAAUUAAAAAUGGCUUUUGAAAAGGAAGCUGAAAACAUCAAGGAUUCUGAAUUUGAGGACGAAGAAGCCAAAACCGAAACUCCCACUACAGAAGGGGAUUCUAAAGAGGGAUUGAAUCAGAGGAUAAAGCAUAAAGAAGAUUUGCAGGAGAAGCUUCGUAAAACUUUGAUGAGCAAGAUCACUAAACAAGCUCUAGAGAAAGAAAAAUAAUAGGAAAUUAUCAGAGAGCAAGCUCGAACAGAAUUAUUAUACAGAUAUUGAGGAUAGGUUACAACCUGAUUUUUUUAAGAACGAGAUCUAUCAACCCUUCUUUAACAGUUCAGUUUGGGAAGAUUAUGAAGAACUAGUCUAUGCAAUUGAGAGAGAUAAAUUCUCCCUUGUUAUUGACAUCUUUGAGAAAGGUGCCUUUCAUGCAAGAGAGAUAGUUAGGCCAACAGGAGACAAUAUAAUGCACGUCUGAGCGGAAUUUGGAAGAGUAAAGAUGUUAUCUCACUUUUACAAGAAGGGAGGAGAGCUUUGCUCAAAGAACUAUGCUGAUGAGCUUCCUAUUCACCUAGCAGCAAGGGAGGGGCAAGUUGAGACAAUUAAUUAUAUCUUAGAAAAUAGUACUAUUCUUAUAGACACUACCACAGUAGAUUUAUGGACUCCGUUCCAUUAUGCAGUUAACAAUGGAUAUCUGGCAACAAUAGAAUUUCUGAUUUCUAAAGGGGCAGGUAUUAACACUAUUGAUAAGUUUGGCAGAACUGCACUUCAUUGGGCAGUUAGAUACAAUUUUAAAGAAAUAGUUGAAUUCUUACUUAAACACAACAUUAACCAUGAAAUCAGAGAUAAAGAAGGAAGAACAGCACUAGAUAUAGCUAAAUCUGUAAUGAACCUCGACUUGAUCUCUAUUAUCGAAGAUUAUCAAAAGACUAGAGCCAAAUCGAGGAAGAAGUAAACCUAUUUUCAAUAUAUCCAC